GUGGCCAACUACCGGCCCCCCAAGGAGUCAGAGGACUGGGAUGAGGUGACUAGAGCUCUCCAUGCCAAGGGCUGCGGGGUCAAAACGCCGCCUCACUCCUCAUCCGACUCCCCGUCAGAGGAGGAGGAUGUGCCUGUGAAAAAGCAGAAAGAGAAGCCGCGGAGCAGAGCGGAGCAGCCGAAGCCGGGCCAGCAGGCCGGGAAGCGCGUUGGAACAGAGGAGCCACAUCCCAGGAUCAAGAUCAAGAAGGAGAAGGAGGACCCUGGGUAUGAGCGCUACGCCAGCGGGAGCUCUGACAGGAACGCUGGGAGCAGGACACAGCGGGACGAGGAGCAGCGGCGGCACCAGCGGCCCUCGGAGAGGAGGGGGGACAAGAGUGGCCAGGAGCAGAGGGCACAGAGCAGCUCCUGGGAGGAGCGGGACAAGAGGGAGGAGGCUGGCAGGAGGAGCGACGGGCACGGCAGCCGGCGGGACGUGUCCCCCAAGGGAGGCAGAUCCCGGGAACCCCAUUCCAGGCACAAGGAACGGGGCUCCGGCAGAGACUCUGGCCGCCACUGAGCCCUGGGAGAGCAUUCCAGGGCCAGGGAGGCCUUGAGCCUGCCCAAACACCUGCUCCAAGCUCCCAGGGCACUGCAGCUGGACUGCUUGCCUCACGGGAGCUUCCCUUUGGAUCUCUUCCUGCUCUGGGCCAGGGUUCUCUGUGUUGGCCUUCAGUGCUGGCCAUGGAGGGUGGCAGGAGCUGGGGGCUGGGAGCAGCAGGAUGCUCCCCUUCUCCAAACCUCCAGUUCUGUCAGUGCUGGGGGGUGUCCCCCUCUUGCAGUGCGAGAAGAGGCCUGUGGGUGUCUGGUCUGGCCUCGCCUGCCGGUGGGUCCUGUGCCCACCCGGCAUCUCCAGGUUCUGUGGUGGAUCCGCAGGGAUUUACUGCUGUGUUGGGGCCAUUCACUGUGGGUGUGUUUAAAGGUCUAAUA